AUGAAUAAACGAUUAAGUUUAAUUCAAUUGAUAAUUAUAAUAUUCCCCAUACGACUUUUCAAUGCGUUAACUUUGAAGACGUAUUUCCAACCAGACGAGUAUUACCAAUGUCUCGAAGUGGCACACAGACUAGUAUUUGGGACAGGGUAUAUUACGUGGGAAUGGAGAGAGGAGCUUAGAUCUGGGCUUCAUCCAUUGAUCUAUGCCAUUGGGUAUCAAAUUACCAAAUAUUUGCCUGAGAAAUGGGAAAGUGACUUGGUGGUUAUAACACCCAAGGUGAUGGGGGCAAUAAUAGCCACUAUAUCAGAAGUUGGACAAUACAAGUUUGUGCUCAAUUAUACUGAGAAUAACUACUAUAUGGGACAAUUAGUGAUGUGGUUAUCGAUAAUGAACCCAUUUAAUAUGUAUUUUAUAACCCGGUCAUUUUCCAAUGGAUUUGAAAUGUGUUUGAUUAGUUUGGGAUUAAGUUUUUGGCCAUGGAAUUAUCGACUUGAUUACCGAAGAUUGUCAAUAUCAUGUUUUAUUGGAUUUAUGAGUAUUUUGAUUAGACCAACCAAUGGGAUAAUCUGGGGGUUCUUAGGAGUUGAGUUUUUAAUGAGGAAAUAUCCCGUGGAACCAUUUUCGAAGCUAAUUAAGUUGGUGGGGGUUCUUAUAAUUGAAUUUGGUUUUGUUUUGGGAAUUAAUAUUGGUAUUGAUUAUUAUUUUUAUAAAGUUAUCACCAUUCCAAUCUAUAAUUUUUUUGAGUUUAAUGUGAUUAAGAAUUUAUCAAUAUUCUAUGGGGUAGCACCAUGGCAUUUCCAUAUAUUUCAAAGUAUUCCAAUACUAUUAAUGACUUAUUUACCAUUUUUCCUUCAUUCGUUUACAUUGAAAAGAUACCGGAACCUACAUCAAUUAGUCUUAAUCGUUGUAAUUGGGUUUCUGAUGAUAUCCCAUAAAGAGUUCCGCUUCUUAUACCCAAUUCAACCAAUACUCAUAUUAUUAGUUGCCGGUUCAAUUAAUCAAUUGCAAAAUAUCAAGAUUUUAGUAUACGGAAUUAUACUAAUUAAUAUUUUAAUUGGAAUAUUUUUCACUCAAAUACACGAACGAGGAGUGAUUGACGUUGUUAAUUUAAUAAAAGAAGAUUCUAGCAUUAAAUCAGUUGGGAUUUUAACUCCAUGCCAUUCUACACCAUGGCAAAGUCAUUUACAUCGAAAAGACCUCGAAUUCAAUCAAAAGACAAUUUGGAGUUUAACUUGUGAACCACCAUUACAUUUAACCAAGGGUAAUUUGGAAACCAUAUUAAACUAUCGAGAUGAAUCCGAUCAAUUUUAUGAUAAUCCGAUUGGUUUUAUUGAAUCGAAAUUGCCCCAAAUUUCGGAGCCAAAAGCGGACUCGAUGCAAAAAUCCCCAGGAAACAAACAAGAUCGAAUUUCUGGAGAAAUCGAAACUGCACAAACAACGGACUCGAGCUUAAGCCCGAAGCAAUUUCUCCGGGACAAUCAAGAUUCACGGAGUCGUAAUAGAUUCGGCGCCGAGAUGCCAAACCCAACACUAGACUUCGACCUUCAACAGUCCGAGAAUCAACAGUCCGAGCCUCAACAGAAGACCAAUUUCCAAUGGCCUCAAAGACUAAUCAUUUUUGCACCUUUGGAAUCUUUCAUGGACGAAAUUCUCGCGGGUCAUUAUACAAAGUGCCAUCGUUUAUUCAACCUGUAUUUCCACUGGGACAAUCGAAGAAACGGUGACAUAAUAGUCUAUUGCAAGAACGAAUAA